GUUGAUCCGAUCCAAAUACACGACGUUUAAGCUUACAAGUAUUUUAUGUUUAAAAAUAUGUUUCAGCAAACCUUAACAAAUAAAAAUUGCAAAAAUAACGAAAGUACGAUUAGGAUGAUUCAACAAGAAAUAGUAAAAUCCGAUCUGCACGUAAAAGCGUACUUACAGGAUAUUAGGGAAUGCACGGGGCCUAUUGAAGUAUUAAAUACUAUAAAUUUGCAAGUUUCAGAAAACAUGAAAGCCAUGAAAAACGCAAUCCAAGAACUAGAGAUUAUAGCACGGGAGCAAGAUAAAGAUUCUGAUCAGCAAGAGUUGUUGAAAGAAGUUGGACAAUAUCUUAAACAAUACACAAGUAAUCAAAUAGCGCUUCGGAAAGCAAAUCUUGCCUGUCAAGCGAUUAUAGAUAAACAAAAUAAAGAGGAGCUUUUGGAAAGAAGUGCUGCUUUACCUCGAAAACGAGUAAGAGCUGACAAAGAGAGUUUAGCUAAACAAUCAUCGUCCAUAACAGACAAUCUAGUGUCUAUAAAAAAUAUGAUGGAUAUGCAAGUGAAACAAAGUGAAGAAGCUCUGCAUACCUUAGUUAGUUCUUCUGCUGUAGUUACAGAUACAAGUGAGGAAUUUAAAGCGAUGGGAAGUGCUAUAAAUCAGUCAAAGACUUUGCUUCAAAAAUAUGGUCGAAGAGAAGUGACAGAUAGAGUAUUAAUUAUCCUUGCUGUUAUUUUCUUCAUAUCAUGUAUACUUUAUGUUGUACAAAAGAGAUUAUUUUAAUUUUCUUUAUAUCAUCUUCUUUAUCUAGGUAUAAACAUUUCUCAAACUGCAGAUGUAUAAAAUUUAUACAUGCAUAUGCAGUAUUCAUUCAGAUUUCAAUGAUGUAAAAAAGUUAUGCAAAUUACAUAAAUAUGUACUGAUAUGGGAUUUCACAAACUAUAAUAUAUUUAUGUUUUCCUUAAUGUCAAUAAUAUAUAUGUGACUGUUAAGAUUAAUAGUGAUUUUAAUGACAGUAUAAUAUGAUAGUCAGUGGUUAUUUAUAUGUAAACACUAUGAUGAUAUUGCCAACUUUAGCAAACAAUAUUUAUGAAAAAUGAAAUUUUUUUAUAAUUGAAAAUGGUAUUUAGUCAAAAUUGUCAUUACACAGCAUUAGGACUGCUAGAUUGGAGUGAAAAUAAUCCAGGAUACUCUGUGAAAAAAUAAUUUCAGCACCAAGAAUGCCUAUGAACUGUAGAUUACAGAAUUUUGUAUGACAAUUAAAACAUAGUAUGAAGACCUAAUAGAAAAUUAUAAAACAAGGAACUCAAUUGAAAUAAUGAAAAUCGUGUACAUUCCACAGCAUGUAUUUUAUGGUGACGUUAAGCAAUAUGAAGGCAUGAUCAUGAAAUUUUGGUGGUCCUGAUUUUUUUUGGAAAACAUCUGGGAACCAAUAAAUAUAACCAAUGUUUUCA